CACUCAUCACUCGACGCAUGCAGUGUACCGCCGCACACUGACAUCGCUCGCUCGCUCUCUCUCCCCUCAUUACUCGCAUCAUUACAGCUCCCUCUGUCUCACUCCCUAUCCGUCUCUGCUCCAUCUGACUCUCCCACAAUCCACACCUGCGACACGUCUCUGUGCGAGCGCAGUGUGCUCCGCCAGUGAGCGGGGAGUGGAAGGAGAAUCCGGCCGGCGGGACAAGCACGGACGGCCAGCAAUGCUCCCUCGCUCGCCUCCCCACCUCCUGCCAUGGCGGUCCCUUGUGCUCCUCUUCCUGGCCUUGGCGGUCAGCAGCAAUGGCGUUUCUGCGACCGCCAAGGCAAAGGCCAAGGCACCGGCGGCGCCGCCCAAGCCGGCCGGGUUCGGGUACAAGCUGGUGUCCCUGGUCCAGCGCCCCAACGGCGGCGGCCUCGUCGGCUGCCUCCAGGUGAAGCGCCGCUCCUCCACCUACGGCCCUGACAUCCCCCGCCUCAGGCUCUUCGUCAAGCACGAGACCAAGGACAGGGUGCGGGUGCAGAUAACGGACGCGGAGAAGCAGAGGUGGGAGGUCCCCUACGACCUGCUCCCGCGGGAGCCAUCCCCGCCCCUCGGGCCCGCCACCGCCGGCGGCGCCCCCUUCACCGCCGGCGAGUACCCGGGGCAGGACCUCGUCUUCACCUACGGCCGCGACCCGUUCUGGUUCGCCGUGCACCGCAAAUCCACCCGUCAAACCCUCUUCAACACCAGCCGCGCCCCGCUGGUGUUCAAGGACCAGUACCUGGAGGUGUCCACGCGGCUGCCCGGCGACGCCGCGCUCUACGGCCUCGGCGAGAACACGCAGCCCGGCGGCAUCAAGCUCCGGCCCAACGACCCCUACACGCUCUACACCACCGACGCCUCCGCCAUCAACCUCAACACCGACCUCUACGGCUCCCACCCGGUGUACGUCGACCUCCGGAACAUCGGCGGCCGCGGCGUCGCGCACGCCGUGCUGCUCCUCAACAGCAACGGAAUGGACGUGUUCUACACCGGCACCUCGCUGACUUACAAGGUCAUCGGCGGCCUCCUCGACUUCUACUUCUUCGCCGGGCCGACGCCGCUGGCCGUGGUGGACCAGUACACCGCCAUGAUCGGCCGCCCCGCGCCCAUGCCGUAUUGGGCAUUUGGGUUCCACCAAUGCAGGUGGGGAUACCAUAACCUUUCGGUGGUCGAGGAUGUCGUGGAGAACUACCGGAGCGCGCAGAUCCCCCUCGACGUGAUCUGGAACGACGACGACCAUAUGGACGCCAGGAAGGACUUCACGCUCAGCCCCGUCAACUACCCGCGCCCCAAGCUGCUGGCGUUCCUCAACAAGAUCCACGCGCGCGGGAUGAAGUACAUUGUCCUCAUCGACCCCGGCAUCAACGUGAACAGCACCUACGGCGUGUACCAGCGCGGCAUGGACCGCGACAUCUUCAUCAAGCUCGACGGGCAGCCAUACCUCGCCCAGGUCUGGCCCGGCCCCGUCUACUUCCCGGACUUCAUCAACCCGAACGGCGCCUCGUGGUGGAUCGACGAGGUGCGCCGGUUCCACGAGCUUGUCCCGGUGGACGGCCUCUGGAUCGACAUGAACGAGGCCUCCAACUUCUGCACCGGCAAAUGCACCAUCCCGACCACGCACCGGUGCCCGGACCCGACGUCGAAGGAGCCGUGGCUGUGCUGCCUGGACUGCAAGAACAUCACCAACACCAGGUGGGACGAGCCGCCGUACAAGAUCAACGCCUCCGGGAAGUCGGCCCGUCUCGGCUACAACACCAUCGCCACCAGCGCCGUGCACUACAAUGGCAUCCUGGAGUACAAUGCCCACAGCUUGUAUGGCUUCUCGCAGGCCAUCGCCACGCACAAGGGGCUGCAGAGCAUCCAGGGCAAGAGGCCGUUCAUCCUGACGCGGUCCACGUUCGUCGGCUCCGGCGCCUACGCCGCGCACUGGACCGGCGACAACAAGGGCACCUGGGAGGACCUCCGCUACUCCAUCUCGACAAUGCUCAACUUCGGCAUCUUCGGCAUGCCCAUGGUCGGCUCCGACAUCUGCGGCUUCUACCCGGCCAGCCCGCCGCCGCUGGAGGAGCUCUGCAGCCGGUGGAUCGAGCUCGGCGCCUUCUACCCCUUCUCCAGGGACCACGCCAACUUCGCCUCCCCGAGGCAGGAGCUGUACCAGUGGCAGUCCGUGGCGAGGUCGGCCCGGAACGCGCUCGGCAUGCGCUACAGGAUGCUCCCGUACCUCUACACGCUCAACUACCAGGCGCACCUCACCGGCGCUCCCGUGGCGCGCCCGCUCUUCUUCUCCUUCCCGGACUUCGCGCCGUGCUACGGCGUGAGCAGGCAGUUCCUCCUCGGCGCCGGCGUCAUGGUGUCCCCCGUCCUCGAGCAGGGCGCCAGCUCCGUGGACGCGGUGUUCCCGCCGGGCACGUGGUACAACCUGUUCGACACGAGCAAGGCGGUGGUGUCCACGGGCUCCGGCGCCGCCGUCAGGCUCCCGGCCCCGCUGAACGAGGUGAACGUGCACGUGCACCAGGGCACGGUCCUGCCGCUGCAGCGCGGCGGCACCAUCUCCCGUGACGCGCGCGCGACGCCGUUCACGCUGGUGGUCGCGUUCCCGCUGGGCGCGGAGGACGCGGACGCGGAGGGCGCCGUGUACGUGGACGACGACGAGCGGCCGGCCAUGGUUCUGGCGGAGGGGCAGGCGACAUACGCGCGGUUCCACGCGGCCGUGCGCGGCGGCAGGGAGGUGACGGUGCUGUCGGACGUGGCCCUGGGGAGCUACAGCAUGCACAAGGGGCUCGUCAUCGAGAAGAUCACCGUGCUGGGGCUACACGGCGCCGGCAAGGACCUCGCCAUCCAGGUCGACGGCGCGGACGACGCCACCGCCGUCGCCACGUCGAGCCCCUACUUCGCGGCCGCGGACGCCGCGCAGGUGCUGCGCCAAGGAGAAGAAGAGGACGCCGUGGAGGGUGAGAAGAGGGGCGUGACGAUGGAGGUGGGCGGGCUGGCGUUGCCGCUGGGGAAGAGCUUCACCAUGACGUGGAACAUGCACAUCGAAGCAUAGGUUAAUCGAGCUACAUUUGCCUGUGCUUCCAUCUGCAUGCCCGUUCUUCGUUUGAUUACUCGCGUAUCUAAUCUAGAGUCUAGUGGUUCCGUAACUUGUGUGGGGGUUGGUUACUUACCCUCGAACACCAUUUUCUGAACUCUGAUUCGCCAUUGAAGCUCACUCUUGCAGGGAACAAUAAAACUGCAUUUCGGCCA